GUAUGCGUAUAUUCACAUUUUUAUUUAGAAAAUAUGCUAAAAAUAUUUAUAAUUAAAAUGUGAUUUGAAGCGUUAACAAAUUAUGUAUGUUCCAAAUGAUAACAAAUUUCUGCGAAAAAAUACAGUCUUUGUUCUAAUCAUCUGCUUUAUACUGAUUUUAAUAAUUUUAUCUGGAUUAGUUGCGCAUAUAGGUGGUAUGGCAUUUUUAGUAUGUGAAUUAACUUACGGACGCUGUUCCGAACUUUCUACUUUAUCGAAAUAUUGUAGUUGUCGUGUCACUGAAAAGGAAAAGACAAAAGAAGAAAAGAAAGACUUUAUUUUGUUUAAACCAGAAGAAAAAAAUCAAAAGCAAGAAUAUGAAAAAAGAACAAUUUUAAUUACAUCAUUGCCAAGAUCAGGAUCAUCAUUUCUUGGAGAGAUUUUUAAUCGGCAAAAAGAUGUUUUUUAUUUUUAUGAGCCAUUGCAGCCUUUGAAUGCGCUCUCUCAAUUAAUUUCUUCAUAUAAUUAUGAAAAAGAAGCAGUUACACUUCUUUCAAAUUUUUUUGUUUGCAAUUUUGAAGGUUAUCAAGAUUACUUUAACUUUUUAUCAUUUCCAGAACUAAGUAAUCCACAUUUUCGUUUAAUGAGUCGUGUUUUAUCAAUGCAACCUUUUUGUGCGAAACGCGUGCUUCCAAAUUCUACAGUAGAAGAGUAUACGAAGUACUGCGUUAAUAUUAACGUUAAGCUUCUUCGCAAAAGUUGUAACACCAAGUCGACUUUUGUUAUAAAAGAAUUGCUCCAUCGUUUACCUAGCGAUGUUUCAAAAAUAGAAUUUUCAAACUAUAUAUCAUUAAUUCGUGAUCCAAGAGCAAUAGUAUGGUCAAUGAAAAAAAAUAAAUGGGUUGAAAAUAAAGGGUACUUUGCUUCAACUGAAUAUGAAGCGAUUGAAAAAGUGUGCCGUAUUUUCCGAAAUAACUAUUUCUCAAUGCUUAAUAACAACAGGUUAAAUAAACUGGUAAUUUUAAGGUAUGAAGAUUUAGUAAAAUAUCCGAAAACCACUCUUAAAGAUUUAUUCCAAGUUACAAAAACUUUCUUCUAUCGUAACAUAGACGAUACGGUUGAAUGGGUUAACGUAAACACGCAUGGAAAAUCUGAAACUGGUUCUUCUAGUUUUUCAGUUUUAAUGAAAAAUGCGUCUUACUCGUUAAACUCCUGGAGGGAAAACUUAAGUUUCGGUAGUGUUCUAGAGAUUCAAAAUAAAUGCGGAGACGUAAUGCAACAGCUCGGUUAUGUAUUAUAUACAUCAAGUAAAGAUCUAAGAGAUUUUUCCAAAACGUCGGUUGUACGAGUAAAAAAAUUCUUUAAAUAAUAUUUAAAGCAAUAAAAAAUAAACUUGUUAUAUAAUAACUGGCUAAAAAGAUAAGCGCGCGCAAAAUAAAAAAAAUAAAAAAAUUUAGGCGGAUAUUCUGAAAACAAAUUAGCCGCUGAACGUAACUAAAUAGCUCUUUACUAAGAUUAAGUUGUUUUAUAAAAUAUCUAUAAAGAUUAUAGUUAUUUCUUUUAUUUUACAAUUUAAUCAUCAUUAAAAAAAUCUUUUUAUACUAUAGGGAAGAUUCCAAUAUAUUUAUUAAAAAAAGCUACAACUUUUUCUUAACUAAUUAUUUUAGUUCUUUUUGAAUGAACAGUCUUUAAAAGAAGUAUUUAUGUAUAUUUAUACACAAUAAAAAUUAAUAGAGUUUGGUGAGGGUUUGAAAAAUCACAUAUGUGAGAGAAUAAAUUUAAAGACAAGCAAUUAAUCAAAUUUGCGGCAACGACACAGGCUGCUCGGGUAGCAAAGAUCAGUGAUGUGUUUUAUAAAUAGAGAUAAAGUUUCGUAGUAAAUUAAGAACAUAAACAAUAGAGAUAAAGUUUCGUAGUAAAUUAAGGACAUAAACAAUAGAGAUAAAGAUAGAAAAAAUAGAGAACAAUAGAGAACAAUAGAAUAGAGAACAAUAGAGAACAAUAGAGAACAAUAGAGAACAAUAUAAUAUCCACUAAUUUAAAAGAUCAUUAACGUAGAGUUUUGAAAAUAUACAAUUUUUAUAUAUUUUCAAAUAGUUACCUUUUCAACAGGUGUAAUUUGUCCGUGAUUUAUUUUUACAAGUAAAUUCAAAUAUACAAACUCAUCAAUUAGAUAAUUAAAAGCAAGAGUAAAAGCAACAUUGCAACGAUUGAAGGCAAUAUUGCAAUGAAUAAUCAAAAGCACAAAACGAUUAAAUUACUCUUGAAACAUAUAAAACACUAGUAAGUCUAUAAAAACAAGAAAAAGAUUGCGCAGGGUAUGACAGACAUAUAUAAUAAAACUUUCACUAGCUUAACAUACUCGGGAAUCAAUGAAAUGAUAUGAGAGAGAGGUCUCUUAACAAACACAUUCAACUAGAUAAUUUUGAAUUAGCAUAAUCUCAAAAUAUAUCGCAAA